CCACCCCGCCUCCCCGAGCCCCAGCGGUCACCGCUCACCCCGUCCCGGAACCUCCCGUGCCCUCCCACGUAUCGGGGGGCGGGAAGAUGGGAGGGGUUGAUGGAGGAGUUGGAGAUAGGGAGGACGAAGUCCCUGCUUCCCGGGCGGGACCUGGGGUCUAGCCGGACGCUGGGUUUGGAGAGGCUUCCAGGGGAGGCGCGGGGUCAGGUCCCCGCGGGGUGGGGCCGAGUGGAGUGCCGGGCGGCAACCCUAGGAGAUUCCAGACAGUCCAAGGGCGGAGUUUGACGUUUGGUCUUAGGGAAGCCUUGGGAAGCCGUCCGUGUGGGCGGGUGGGGUUUGGGUGAAUGGUGAGGGGUAGGGGGGCGGCAGAGAGGCCCUUUUCUUCCCCCUCGGAGAAACUUGAGCCACGGAGGAGGAGAUAAGCUUUAGGGUAGACAAGCAGCUUUGGGGUGGGGUUGGCGAAGGCAUAAACUUCGGUUUGAAGUAGACGGAAGAAUAGGUAGGCUUUAGGGUGAAGCUUGGUGGGGUCAAAUUUAGGGGAGAGGUCGCUCAGAAGGUCAAGGCCCUUAUCGCAGGGUAGGGUUCGGGGAACUGAGGAGUUGGUUGAAGGUCUAGCGCUCAGGUUAGAAAAGUUAGGGCUUGGAAUGUGGUGAUGGGAAGGGCAUGUGGGGCAAGUUUGGGGCAACUAAGAGUCAGCAGCCUGUGCCCUGGGCCGGGGCUUGGGUCAGGGGUCGGAGGGCUCCGGAGCCUGCUGAGCUCAGAGAGCUGUUGGCCCCUGCGAGCCAGCCCGCAAGCCCUCAUGGGUUCUUUGUGCCUCUCCAGCCCAGUAGCGCGGCGGGCAAGGCAGGUGCCAUGGCCCUGAUUGAAGGGGUGGGUGAUGAGGUGACCGUCCUUUUCGCGGUGCUUGCCUGCCUUCUGGUGCUGGCUCUCGCCUGGGUCUCCACGCACACUUCGGAGGGCGCCGACCCACUGCCCCAGCCGUCAGGGACCCCGACGCCAGUGCAGCCCAGUGAAGCCAUGGCGGUCACCGAAAGCGUCAGAGGGGAGGCCCUAGAAGCCGAGACCCCCAGCCUGAGGCACAGGGGUCAGGCCGCGCACCCAGAACCUGGCACGGAGCUCCCAGCAACGCCGCCGCCCCUGGACUCCACCCAGGAGCCCCUAGUCCUCCGGCUGAAAUUCCUCAACGACUCAGAGCAGGUGGCCAGGGCCUGGCCCCACGACACCAUUGGCUCCCUGAAAAGGAGCCAGUUUCCCGGCCGGGAGCAGCAAGUGCGGCUCAUCUACCAAGGGCAGCUGCUGGGCGACGACGCCCAGACGCUGGGCAGCCUUCACCUCCCCCCCAACUGCGUUCUCCACUGCCACGUGUCCACGAGGGUCGGUCCCCCGCACCCGCCCUGCCCACCGGGGUCAGAGCCAGGCCCCUCCGGGCUGGAAAUAGGCAGCCUGCUCCUACCCCUGCUGCUUCUCCUGCUGCUGCUGCUCUGGUACUGCCAGAUUCAGUACCGGCCCUUCUUUCCCCUGACGGCCACUCUGGGUCUGGCCGGCUUCACCCUGCUCCUCAGUCUCCUGGCUUUUGCCAUGUACCGUCCGUAGUGCCUCCACGGGCUCUCAGCGGUGUGGCUGGCGCCUCCGGACCUGGCUCGCGACCACAGGGCGGGAGCUGCUGUCUGCCCAGGCCCACCUCUCCGGCCUGGGCCUGCCUCUUCCCGCUACCCUGGAGCCCAGCCUUGCGCCGCAGAGCACUCCGGGGACAGGGGGAGGCCCCGCCCUGCGACCUCCACGGCUCAGAGCCGUCUCCCGGGGCUGCUGGCCCUCCGCCGCCCCUGACAGUCGGUUCCUCCGGGUCAACCAGCUGUUGUCGCUGCCUUGGCCCUGGGCAGAGCGGGGCCACGCCCCUGGGCCCGGCUUAGUGUUCUUCUGCCUGAAGACCCAGCCACCUCUAGUCCCUCAUUGCGCCUGGUGCAGAUUUGGGGACCCAAGGACCGUGGCGGGGUGGGAGGGGCGGAGGGCGUCCCUGGAACUUGUGCAGAUUAAACAACUGUGAAGUUUUCA